AAGUAUCUCCCAUCAUCAAACCCUCAAACCUCAAAAAGCUUGAGUCUCCCAUCUCUCCUCAUUCAAAAGCUCCGAGGACGAGGAGGAAAGAAGGCGGCGGCGUGCCGAACGAAGACGAGAGACAAGGGGUGGCGGGGGGGGGGGGGGGAGAGAAAGUUCCUCCGAAAAGACCAGGAGGAGAAGUUGCGGCGUGGUUUUGGGCUGAGUCGGCAUGGACAAAGUGGAACGGGUGAUGAAGAUGGUGACGAGGAUGUCACCGAGGAAGAAGAGGAGCGAGCGAGGAAGCGCGGCGGCGGCGGCGGCGGCGGGGGCGGGGGGGCAUCCGCCGCACAGCCCCGACACUUUCUGCGACGAAUUGUGUCGCUUCGGCCUCUGCGUCACUGAUGACGGACCGUAUGGAAAGACCAAGGACGUCUCCGGACCGGAACACACCACCGCCUCGCGGAGACUCAGCAUACCAGAAGCACUGCGGGGGGUGACGAUGGUGGAGCUGGUGAAAAAAGAAGGCAGCACGCUGGGCCUGACCAUCUCUGGAGGAACGGACAAGGACGGCAAGCCGCGGGUCUCCAACCUGCGGCCCGGGGGGCUGGCCGCUCGGAGCGACCAGCUGAACGUGGGCGACUACAUCAAGUCGGUCAACGGCAUCAACUUGACCAAACUGCGGCACGAGGAGAUCAUCAGCCUCCUGAAGAACGUCGGCGAGCGAGUUCUGCUCGAGGUGGAGUACGAGCUGCCGCCCACAGCGCCAGACAGCACGUCGGGUGUGAUCUCCAAGACAAUCGACAUCGGCUUGCACAAAGAAGGGAGCAGCUUCGGCUUUGUGGUGAGAGGCGGCAUCCACGAGGACUGGCACAAGUCGCGCCCCCUGGUGGUCACGUACGUGCGGCCCGGAGGCCCCGCUGACAGGGAAGGCACGCUGCGUCCGGGCGAUCGCCUCCUGACGGUGGACGGCGUGCCGCUGCACAACGCCAGCCACGGCGACGCCCUGAGCGUUUUGGCUCAGUGCGGACAGGAAGCUCUGCUCCACAUCGAGUACGAUGUCACUAUCAUGGACACGUUGACCAACGCGUCAGGUCCUCUCCUGGUGGAAAUGGCCAAACCUCCGGGGGCCACGCUCGGCAUCACUCUGACGUCAGCCAGCCAUCGCAACAAGAGGGUCAUUGUCAUCGAGAGAGUCAAGCCCGGAAGUGUGGUGGACAGAUGCGGAGCCUUGCACGCCGGCGACCACCUGCUGUCCAUCGACGGGACGUCCACCGAGCACUGCAGCGUCCUGGAGGCCACGCAGCUGCUGGCCAGCACCACCGAGCUGGUCAGGCUGGAAAUGCUUCCCGCCCACCAGACCAGGUUGACUGGCAACAAGCAACAUGACACUGUGAAGGUUCAGAAAUCAGACCACCCUCACCCGUGGGACCCCUGCGUCAACUUCUGUCCACCGCCCGCAAACUCCACCCACUGUAACGCCAGCUCCACCCUGCACAAGUCAUGGACCGCCUCCAACAACAACGCGGUCACCAACAAUGACCUUGACUACUGCAAGUCUCUGGUGUCAGCCAGUUUCUCUCCGGGCUCCACGACCGCAUCGGGCCCGAGCAGUCAGGGUUCCAACACGCUCCCCAGGUCCGCAGUCCCCAUGAGCCCCCGGAACUUGCUGCUCAAGCGCAGACACAGAAAGAAAGACCACAAAAGCUCUCUGUCACUGGCGUCCAGUUCAGUGGGUCCGGGCGGUCAGGUGGUCCACGUGGAGACGAGCGAGGUCAUCCUGACGGGGGACCCCCUCAAUGGCUUUGGCGUCCAGCUGCAAGGAGGAAUCUUUGCCACCGAAACGCUUUCCGCGCCGCCGCUCAUUCGAUUCAUCGAACCCGACAGCUCGGCCGAGAGGUGUGGCCUCCUGCAGGUGGGCGACCGGCUGCUGUCCAUCAACGGCAUCGCCACGGAGGACGGCACGCUGGAGGAGGCCAACCAGCUGCUCCGCGACGCCGCGCUCACCAGCAAAGUCGCCCUGGAGAUUGAGUUUGACGUGGCAGAGUCCGUGGUGCCCAGUAGCGGAACGUUUCAUGUCAAACUGCCCAAGAAAAGAGGCGUAGAAUUGGGACUCACCAUCAGCGCCAAUAAAAAGGCGGGGGAGCCUCUCAUCAUCUCCGACAUCAAGAAGGGCAGCAUGGCACACAGGACAGGAACUCUGGAGCCAGGUGACAAACUUUUGUGUAUCGACAACGUGCGUCUGGAGACUUGCUCCCGGGAGGAGGCCGAACAAAUCCUGCAGCAGUGCGAGGAGCUCGUCAAGCUCAAGAUCCGUAAGGACGAGGACAACUCGGACGAGCAGGAGACGUCUGGCAGUAUCAUCUACACGGUGGAACUAAAGCGCUACGGAGGCCCGCUAGGCAUCACCAUCUCAGGCACGGAGGAACCCUUUGACCCCAUCACCAUUUCCGGACUCACCAAACGAGGCUUGGCUGAAAGAACGGGCGCCAUCCACGUAGGCGACCGCAUCCUGGCCAUCAACAGUGUGAGCCUGAAGGGCAAACCCCUGAGCGAGGCCAUUCACCUGCUGCAGAUGGCCGGAGAGACCGUCACGCUCAAGAUCAAGAAGUUGAUUGACAACCCAGACGAUCGCAAAGCGAGCGAGGCGGACGAAGCCACGGAGAACGAGCUGAGCUGCGGCGAGGAGGACGACUUGACCGACUUGACGGACAGCCAGCAGACCAACAAACUGUCAGACCUUUACGCCACGACUGUCCCCAGUGUCGACUCUGCCAUGGACUCUUGGGACGGAUCCGGCCUGGACGCCGGAUACUGCAGCCAGGGCACGUACAACCACCAGACGUCCACCGGCAUGGCACUUCACCCUCACGAGUGGCGCAGUGCUAAACAGCAGCAGCAGCAGCAUCGCGCCACUACGCCCCCGCCUGGCUGCCGGAAGAACUACCCCUUCAGCGACGGCGGAUUCAGCGAGGACGAGUGGGAAAAACCGUUGGGUUUCCUCGACCAACCUUCGGACGGAAUUCUGCUGGACCCUGACGACAGUUUCUGGUGUCAGGCCCUGGAGGACCUGGAGACCUGCGGCCAAUCAGAGCUGCUCAGAGAGAUCGAGGCGUCGAUCAUGACCGGCACAGCCAUCAGUUUGGGCGUGGAAGGCGUCAACAAACCUCCGAGCGAUCCCAUCCUCAGCCACGGCCGGAUGAGCCCCUUGCAGCGGAACUCCCUCCUUCACCAGGGGGCGCACCUGAACGACGAGCUGCACCUGCACGACCAUGAAGAUGCCCGCCUGGAGGUCCACUUCCACCCGGAUGAGCUGCUCCAUGCGGGGACGCACCUCCUCCAGGACAACACGCCCCCGCUCAUGCACCACGAACCCAAGUCCAAAGCGUCGUUGAGGGUUUCGGAAAGGACGUGGGAGUCGCGCCGCAUCAAGGAGGAGAUGCAAGGGCUUUUGUCUCCAACGCCUCUGGAGCUGCACAAAGUUACCGUGAUCAAAGAUCCCGAAAGUGACGACUUUGGCUUCAGCGUGUCCGACGGCUUCCUAGAAAAGGGCGUCUAUGUCAACAUGGUCCGACCGGACGGACCGGCCGACCGAUCGGGCCUCCGGCCCUACGACAGGAUCCUUCAGGUGAACCACGUCAGGACUCGGGACUUUGACUGCUGCCUGGCGGUGCCGCUCAUCACGGAGGCCGGCGACCGGUUGGAGCUGGUCAUCAGCCGCAACCCGCUCGACGGCGCCGAGGAUAACAACAACACGCUGGACCACCACCACCCCCUGGACCUGUAGCGCAGAAGCAACAGACAGUCGGUUUUCGCAGUGUGAUGGAUUUCCAGGCUGACGAGCACCAGGUUCUGCCUCGUGGUAUUUCACUGAUGCCCCGAGACCCAACAAAGGGAGGAUUUAAACACCAGGAUGACGUCCCCACUGAGUCUUUGCGGACGUCCGCAUCGCUGCUAAACUCGCACAAACACUCCAACUCCACUGGAGGGCCCGGAAAAACUUGAUACACUGUAUGGAACAAGGUAUUAGGGACACGCUCUUUGCAGAGUUUGAUGUGCAGGAAGUUGUCCAAAUGCCAUAUUUUCCACAAACCGUAGCUGUCCCUCUACUUUUGUCCAAAUUCCUCUCUAUAUUUUGGACUUCCUGAAUAUGUCCCAACAACUAUGUUCAGUCCAUGGAUACCUUUUACCAUAUGUGUAGAUGUCCUGAUAUUUUUGUCUAAGCCCCACAUUUUCGUCAUUUCACUUCGGACUUUGUGCAUGUGCCCCCCAAAAAAUAUGUGGUGGUUACCAUGGCAACCGGUGAAUUUGCAGGCCUCUUCGAUGCAUAAGUGCUUCCUGCCUUUUGAGGCUUUCCUUAUCUGUGUGGAAAGUUGUGGAAUCAUGAGGUCGGCCUCAAGUGUGUCCCUCCCCCCCCCCUCCCCCCCCCCCCCACACACACACACACCGCCGCCUUCUUCUCCUACCCCCACACCCUUCACCCACCCCCAACCAUAUUUUUAGUCCCACACAUUCCUUCCUGGAGCUUUACAUCAACGUCACCUGCUGCUGUUUUCUUCCGGAACGUCGCCCUCGUGCAGGCAAUUAUUUGUGGAUUAGUGGCGCUAAGAGGGGCCCACACGCCCGUCACAUGAACUCGCUCACCUGAUAACACUCACCGUGCUCCCCAUCCACCACCACCACCACCACCCCAGCAAACGCUGGCUACGUGAGCAAACACCUCACAGGUCAACGGCAACAUUCACAGCUUCCACUCUUUCUCGAGUUUACACUCUCAUGUAAAUUAGUCAAGGAUUGUCGAAUAGGCGCACCCUCUCUCCACCUUUACAAAUCGCGUAACCGCUACAAACAGCCCUACAGAAUUGGUGCACCCACUCUCCCUUGCACGCAUCCCUUGCGCCACACCCCCAGUGUGCGUGUACACCAGGAUACUGUAGGUUUACAUGUAAAUAAUGACAGUGUGUCGACGUCCCAGUCAGCAAAAUUGGUCUGGCCCAGCUCUGGGGCAGACACGGCACGUACACUCGGCCCACAUACCUCAAUGAAUGACGGUCCUGCAGUGGCCCACCUCUGGCAUCCAUGAUGUGGGCCACGUUCGGCCCAGAUCUGAGCCGCAUUGUAAAACCAUAUCUGGCCCUACUCCGGACCGACGCUGGGCCAGAAAAGGUUCCUGACAUCAGCCUGAAUUCAACCUCAACUAAGCCACAUCUUUCAUCUUUCACAUAUUUUACCCACAUAAAAAAAAAGUGAACGAAUUAAAUUGAAGUGAACGAUGAGUCGUUUUUAGCCUAAAAAAAUGACCAUGUUUCGUAAGGCCUUUUUGGACGAAAAAAACAACCAUGUAUAGUAAGGCAUUUUUGGACGAAAUUUUUAGCCGAAAAAAACGACCAUGUCUAGUAAGGCCUUUUUGGACAGAAAAAAAACAACCAUGUAUAGGAAGGCGUUUUUGGACGAAAAAAACGACCAUGUAUAGUAAGUCCUUUUUGGACAAAAAAAACGACCAUGUAUAGGAAGGCAUUUUUGGACGAAAUUUUUAGCCGAAAAAAACGACCAUGUGUAGUAAGGCAUUUUUGGACAAAAUUUUUAGCCGAAAAAAACGACCAUGUAUAGUAAGGCAUUUUUGGACAAAAUUUUUAGCCGAAAAAAACGACCAUGUAUAGUAAGGCAUUUUUGGACAAAAUUUUUAGCCGAAAAAACGACCAUGUAUAGUAAGGCCUUUUUGGACGAAAAAAAACGACCAUGUAUAGUAAGGCAUUUUUGGACAAAAUUUUUAGCCGAAAAAAACGACCAUGUAUAGUAAGGCAUUUUUGGACAAAAUUUUUAGCCGAAAAAAAACGACCAUGUAUAGUAAGGCCUUUUUGGACGAAAAAAAAAACGACCAUGUAUAGUAAGGCAUUUUUGGACGAAAAAAAACGACCAUGUAUAGUAAGGCAUUUUUGGACGAAAAAAAAAACGACCAUGUGUAGUAAGGCGUUUUUAGCCGAAAAAAACGACCAUGUAUAAUAAGGCGUUUUUGGCCGAAAAAAACGACCAUGUAUAGUAAGGCCUUUUUGGACGAAAAAAACAA